AUGAACUAUCAAAAUCAAAGAGUCGAAUUACCAUCAAUCCAAAACAUAUUCAAUAUUAUAAAUAAUGAUUUAUCAAACAACAGAAAUAGUUCUAAUAAUGCUCUAGAUGAGUUAUCUGCUGCAUCUAGGUUUGUUACUCCACAACCAUCAUACCGCUAUCCAAAAAGAGAUGUGCUUCUACCACCGUCUCCUGCUUCAAGCAACCAUCUUUAUCAAUCUGUCCCCAAUACUAUGCCACCAUUUCCUUCUCCAGUUCCUUCCACAAGAAAUUUUAAUAAUGUGUUUACUACAAAACCCAAUGCAUCUAUCAAUGAAAUAUCGCAUUUAAUACAUAAUAAUAAAAACUAUACAACAUCCAUCAAAUAUUAUAAUAAUAUGUACAGUAACCCACAACAACGGUUUUCUGCAAACAUAGUCACUUCAAAUAAUAAUUCUAAUAGAUUAAAAACAUCCCCUCCAACAUCUCCGCUAUCAUAUCCUGUGUCAAGUCCAUCUAUCAUGGAUAACAAACAAGUUGCAGGUCAACUUGGUUUUCAAAGUAUACCUAACUCUCCUUCCAUGGGUGGAUCUUUGAUACACGUGAAAAUCAAUAAAGAUAACAAGUCGAGCGCUGAUAUGUUCAACAGAAAGACUGCUAAAAGUAAUAAUAGAAAUAGUAACAACAAUAACGAGAACAUUGAUACAAACAAAACAUCUAAGCAAAUGAUUGGUACUAAUAAAGUCACAAAGAAAACCUCAACAAAGAGAUCUAAUCUACCUAAAAAGACAGUUGAAAUACUAAAUAGUUGGUUAUUGAGCCAUUUGCAUGAUCCAUAUCCUUCACCAGAGGAAAAAUUAGAAUUACUAGAACAAACUGGCUUAACUAAAGUACAAUUAUCAAAUUGGUUUAUCAAUGUCAGAAGACGUAAAGUCUUUGUAGAUCAAGCAAACCAUAAUCAUGGUAAUACUAAGUCAAUUCACCGCCAUCCUCACAAUAACGCUAAUACAAAAAUUACAUCAUGA